AUGUUCGGUGAGGAUGAUGAUGUUGAUAACAAUAUGGAAGAUCCUUCGGAUGAAUUACCUUCUCACAAGGUAUAUAAAAUACUUGGAAGUAGCAAAUGUUAUUCUGAUCAAGGAGGCAUCUACCGAGGGAAGCGCGAUGAAAUAUCACGAAAAUCCCAUAUUGGAACAUAUGCAAACAAAAUUAUGGAUGCCUGGUGCUACGCAAUUUGGAGGGAGAAAUACAGCAUGAAGUCACAUCCUGGGGAACCAUGUUAUUCCCUAUAUUUUUAUUUAGGAAGUUUAUUCUAUGGGAAUUCAAGUGAUACAGAAUUUUCAAACCGUAUGAAAACGGUUUACGAUGUAAUAAAGGAUGCUCCCUAUAGAAAUAAGUGCUACAUUACAUACCCAGAUAGUAUUAAAAAAGAACUGUUCCAUGAUCUAAAAAAAUUAUACGAAUACUCACAGGACCAUGAGCUCAUAGAACAGAAGUUACAGUCUAGUGAGGAAGCUUAUAGGAGCAAGUACUGUACGCGUCUGCAUGAAGUCAUUUCCGCAUAUGAUGCUGUACAGAGGGAUUGUGACACAAACACUGGUAGGAAGUACUGUACAGAACUGAAAGGUAAGUAUAAGAAGUACAAUGAGGAAGGACUGUCUCAAUUAACUUCAAAGUGUGAAGAAGUAGCACUUGAAGCAGAAGAUCCAGCAGUGGCGAAAGGAACAGUACAAACGCAAGUCAAACUAACGAAAGUGAAUUUAGGGAUGUUAGAAUCAAAUAUAAAAUAUUAUAAACGGUUCAUAGACAGUCGCGAUUAUUGCAGCUACCCCUGUUUCCCAAGAAAAAAAAUAUAUGACAAGUUGAAAGCAUAUUUUGGAAAUGACAAAUAUGCUAAUGUAGUUGCGAGGGCCCUGUGCUAUGCGUCCACAAAAAUAUGGGGGGACAGAGAACCCCGCGACCCAUUCUGCGAAUUUUUCAAUUUUUGGUUCGGGCAUUUGUUGUAUAAAAAACUGAAUGAUGAAUCUAAUUUUUCACAAGUAAUAGAAGCAAUUAACAAAGAAUUAGGUCAAAUUCCAGAGAAAUAUAAAUGUCCCCUCCCAGACACUACCAUUAACGACGCCACUGACCUCAACAAUAGAAGAAUAGUCUAUGAAUAUUUCAUAGACCAUAAAAAAAUAACAGAAGAUUUGAGUAGAGCAACUCCCACUUCUGAUUCCAAACCUGCUUCUCCUCCAACUACUAAACCGCAAUGUGAUAAAAAAUAUUCCGAGCACCUAAAAAGCAUUGUUUCAGCGUUUAAUGCACUAAGUAGUAAAUGCACCAAUGGGGUGGAGAACGACUUCUGUCGUGUUUUCAAUAAAACAUAUAAAGCACUUUUUGAAGGGGAUAAACUAUCAAAAUUAACAUGCACCCUUCAGGAGGAGGAAGGGGCAGAGGAGGAGGAGGUGGAAGGAGGGGAUGACCCCCUCCUUCCUUCCCCUUCUUCCCUCUCUAGGGUUAGUGACCUUCCUGAUGACGACGAUCAAACUGGCAAUUGCACUGAACAGUUGAGUGAAAUGUUAGACACAUUUCCUGGCCAAAUAGAGAGUGGAAGUGGACCAGGAGCAGGAGCUGCUCCCAUCAUUGUUUCUUCUAUAUUUGGUGUAGUAGGAUUACCAACAUUUACUUACCUUCUUUACAAAGUAAGUAUAAUUAACAUAAUUAUAAUAGAGCUAUAUAUAAAUGCAUAUAUGUAUAUGUAUAUAUAA